AUGGAGGCUAUCUUGCUUGGUUGUUUUACAUCUGCUAUGCAGCCUAAGCAAACAAACAUUGUUUUCCUCAAGACCCACAAAACGGCUAGCUCCACUAUGCAGAGCCUCCUGUUUAGGUUUGCAGAGCGCCACAACCUGACGAUGGCAUUUCCCAAACCAAGUUGUUCACUACAGUUUUGCUACCCAGCUUUCUUCUCCUCUAACUUCGUCCAUCCAGACACACUGCCAGCAAACAUGAUCACCAGCCACAUGCGCUUUAGGAAGUCUGCACUGCAAAAACUAAUGCCAAAAAAUACGAGAUAUAUCACAAUCCUAAGAGAACCAGCUGCCAUGUUUGAAUCAUUGUUUACAUAUUACAGCCCCUAUGCUAAAAGUUUCAAGAAAGUACCUGAUGGCUCUCUGAAAACCCUCAUGCAGGAUCCCUUACGAUACUAUGAGCCAAAUGAUGAAUAUUCCUAUUAUGCACGCAACACCUUGACCUUUGACUUGGGUGGAGAAAACAAUCGGCCAGCUACAGAUGUGGCUUAUGCACAUGACUUUGUGGAAGAGGUUGAGAAAGUGUUUUCCCUAGUGAUGAUUUCUGAGUACUUUGACGAGUCUCUUGUUCUCCUUCGCAAGCUUCUUUCUUGGGAUUUGGAAGACAUCCUGUAUAUAAAGCUAAAUGCUCGGACAGAAACUUCCAAGAAGAAAAUAUCUCCAGAUCUGGUUGAAAAGAUCCGAGCCUGGAAUUCCAUAGAUGCAUACCUUUAUGACUACUUUAAUGCAACAUUGUGGGUCAAACUGUCAGAUCUGGGACUAGAUUGUGUGGCGAAGGAGGUGCAACUUCUUCGUCAGGCCCAAGAGAGGCUAAUAAAAAGAUGUUUUGGUAGUGAGACGCCAAGGGAACAACCAGGUUCACAGAUUAAAGACAAGGAUCUCCGUCCAUGGCAGCCCAGUAAAGAAGUAGGAAUUGUGGGUUAUGUCCUCCCGGAAGACAUGGACCAGGAGACACGCACACACUGCUUGAAGUUUAUAAUGCCCGAGGUCUCAUACACACCAAAACUUCUUCAUUCCCAGUUGGAACGACAGGAUCAAAGCCGCCAAAACCAAACUACUACAAAACCACCCACUGUCAAACAGCCCACAUUAUAAUCCUGUCUUGGAU